AUGCCGUCUAUUAACGGAUCUACUUCUGUCAAUGGCAGUUCAAAGUUCCUUGAUUUCUCCAGCGCUGUCGAGACGCUGAAAGAGUACCAAUCUCGUGAUGGUCUCGGUAUUGAGGAUCUUGUUGACACCAAACAGCGUGGUGGUUUGACAUACAAUGAUUUCUUGAUCUUGCCUGGUUACAUUGGUUUCCCUGCCUCAGAAGUCGGACUUGACUCACCUAUUACCAAGAGAAUCACACUGAAAACCCCUUUCGUCUCAUCGCCUAUGGAUACUGUUACUGAACAUGAGAUGGCCAUUCACAUGGCUCUACAGGGUGGUCUUGGUGUUAUCCACCACAACUGUUCACCAGACGCCCAAGCCGACAUGGUGAAGAAAGUCAAGAGAUAUGAAAAUGGCUUCAUUGUUGACCCUGUUGUCAUUAGCAAGGAGACCACUGUUGAGGAAACCAAGGCUCUCAAAGAGAAAUGGGGUUUCGGUGGUUUCCCUGUUACUGAAUCUGGGAAGCUUGGCUCUAAGCUCCUAGGCAUUGUAACGAACCGCGAUCUUCAAUUCGAGGACGACCUCCGCCAAACGGUCGAUAAAGUUAUGGUGACCGACCUAGUCACUGCCCAAUUGGGCGUCACUCUUCCUGAGGCGAACAAGAUUCUUGCCAAGUCCAGGAAAGGCAAACUGCCUAUCGUUGACAAGGAUUUCAACCUCGUAUCCAUGAUCUCCCGUUCCGACUUGACCAAGAAUUUGCACUUCCCACUUGCGUCUAAGCUUCCUGACUCGAAGCAGCUCAUCUGCGCUGCCGCGAUCGGUACCCGUCCAGAGGAUAAGAUUCGCUUAAAGAAGCUCGUCGAUGCGGGACUUGACAUUGUUGUCCUAGACAGCAGUCAGGGUAACAGCAUGUACCAGAUCGAGAUGGUCAAAUGGAUUAAGCAGGAGUACCCCGGCCUCGAUGUCAUUGGCGGAAACGUAGUGACUCGGGAGCAGGCCGCAAACCUGAUUGCCGCAGGAGUUGAUGGACUAAGAAUCGGAAUGGGCAGUGGAAGCGCUUGCAUUACACAGGAGGUCAUGGCCGUGGGCCGUCCCCAAGCAGCUGCGGUGUACUCCGUUUCUGCUUUCGCAGCGAAAUUUGGAGUACCGUGCAUCGCAGACGGUGGUGUCCAAAAUGUGGGCCACAUCGUCAAGGGUCUUGCUCUCGGUGCUUCCACCGUCAUGAUGGGUGGUUUGCUCGCAGGCACAACUGAGUCCCCGGGCACUUCAUUCGUCUCGCGUGAAGGUAAACUGGUUAAGGCGUAUCGUGGUAUGGGUAGUAUCGACGCUAUGCAGGAUAAAAAAGCCGGUGCUGGCAGUAAGAACAGCCAAGCUAGUAACGCGGGUACCGCUCGGUACUUUAGCGAGGGAGACAGCGUCCUUGUUGCUCAAGGUGUCUCUGGCGCUGUGGCGCAUCGUGGAUCGAUCAACAAGUUCGUGCCGUAUCUGGCAGCGGGCCUGAAACACUCGCUGCAGGAUUGCGGUAUGCGGAGUUUGAAAGAGAUGCACGAAAGCGCAGCCAACGGCACCCUCCGGUUUGAGAUUCGCACUGCUAGCGCACAACUAGAGGGCGGCGUGAACAUGGAGAGUUACGAGAAGAAACUCUAUGCUUGA